AUGGCUAGCCGUACACGACGCCAACAACCCGGGAGUCGCCCCGAGUUUCCAUCGUAUUCUUUUCCUAGGACUGUUGGGCCCGAGAUUUACGCAAGAUGCAAUGCAAAACUUGACUGGAUGAAGCAGCGAAAAGUCCAUGUUCCUGAAGUUGUAGAUUGGCACUGGAUUGGAAAAACCGGGUUAAUGGAGGGAAUUGAGCCAUACUUGGACAAAGCAUUCAAUAGCAUUCAUGGGCCGUUUGUUUGUAUGGGGUGGAGACGGUUAUUUGAAAUUCAGGAAGUCAUGUAUAAGGAGUUAGUCGUUGAGUUUCUGGCCACGGUUUCUUUGCACAGAAGGACGGAAUAUUUGUUGAAGACAACCUUUCUUUUUGCCUUGGUGGAGAAAGGCGUACCUUAA